AUGAAGCUCGCGGUUGUUGUCACCAACCUAGAUGAAGCGGACAGAUUAGAAAAAUUGGGGCACAUAAAAGUGGGUUUUAUGUGCUGCCCAAUUAAAAGAAGAGUGAUGGUACUACGGUGUCAUCGAUGUCUUGGCUAUGGCCAUAUAGCAAGGAGUUGUGCAGCAGAAGAUAGAUCGGCUGCGUGUUUCAGAUGCGAAGAAGCCGAUCAUAAGUAUGCGGACUGUAAGAAGAGCCCAAGCUGCUUCUUAUGCAAGAAAUUGAGCGACGAAAAAAUCAGUACGAAUCACGUCGCAGGCAGUGGAGGAUGCGGAGUCUUCAAGUCAGCCCUAGAGGAAGCUAAGAAGACUCUCGCUCGUACGAAAAAUAAAUAA